AUGGUGCAUAAAAGCCGAAGAAAAACUAUUAUGAAGCGUAUUAUCGCUUUAUUUAAGAAGACACAUGAGAAGAAGGAGGAACCAGCUUAUCCCCUUGCUCUCUCCAACACUUACAAAGUUACAAAAAAGACACUGGGAGUGGGCUCAUUCGCAAUAGUCAAGGAAUGUGUUCAUCGAUCAACAGGAUUACCGUUCGCCUUGAAAAUUAUUUUGAAAAAAGCUAUUGCUGAUAUUCUCAAACAGGUCAGGCAUCCACAUAUUGUUUCAAUGCAUGAUUUGUAUGAAUCAAAAGAUGCUGUUUAUAUUGUGACGGAUUUGGCCAGCGGUGGAGAAUUAUUUCAACAACUGCUAAAUAAAGGAAGCUAUACAGAAAAAGAUGCUUCAAAUUUGACAAAACAGAUGUUGGAAGGGUUACAGUAUUUACAUGCAAGAGAUAUUGUUCAUCGGGAUAUGAAGCCUGAAAAUCUGCUAUUCCAAACACCCGCAGAGAAUGCGAAUUUAAUGAUUACGGAUUUCGGCUUAUCAAAAAUUUUGAAAGGGCGCGAUGAUAUAUUAACAACAGCAUGUGGAACACCAGGAUAUGUUGCACCGGAAGUUUUGAGACAAACAGGUCAUAAUAAACCGGUAGAUCUAUGGAGUGUGGGAGUAAUUCUGUAUACGCUAUUGAGUGGCUAUACACCGUUUUGGGGAGAAGAUCAAGCAAGUUUAUUUGAGUCUAUCAUGUCAGGCAAAUAUCAAUAUGAUGAAGAAUACUGGCAUGAUAUUUCUGAUUCAGUUUUUCUGCUCACCCGACAAAUAAAUGUAGCCAAAAAUCUAAUCGAUCGCUUGCUUACGCUCGAUCCUGACAAGCGUAUCACAGCCGAGGAAGCUCUGCAGCAUCCAUGGAUUACAAAUUCGAAUAAAGACGAAAAUGGGCCGCGUACCAGUACCAACCUGGCGCCCACAGUCCGUAAAGGUUACAGUAGCAGAAAUAGUUUUACGACAGCGACAUUACUGAAUCAUCGUUUAAACAAGAAGAAUAAUGGAUCUGACGUAGAAGAGGAAGAUGAGCACAGUUUAACAACAUCGGCACCAUCGAGUAAUCAAGAAGAUGAAGAAAGUCGUUGA